CCAAACCACGCAGUCCUCCAUCAUCUCCUCCUAUAAAUAACAACACACCUCAACUCCCCUCUGCCCAUCCUCCCUCUGCUCUCCCCUGCCCUGCCCUGCCCUGCUACCUCUACUCAAUUCCAUUCCGGUUCCAUCUCAAUUCCUUGCUUGUUAAGGUAAUUAGCCAUGGCCAUGACGGCACCGGAGCCGGUGCCGGAGACGAAGGUGUUCAUGGUGGAAGACGGCGUCGCCAAGAACGAGGAGGACUUGCCUCUCUCCGCCGAUGACACCACACACCAAAUUGGCGUCGAUCCAUGGUACCAGGCAGGGUUCGUGCUGACGACGGGGGUGAACAGCGCCUACGUGCUGGGCUACUCCGGCUCCCUCAUGGUGCCCCUGGGCUGGAUCGGCGGCGCCAUCGGGCUCCUCAUCGCCGCCGGAGUCUCCAUGUACGCCAACGCGCUCCUCGCCAAGCUCCACCUCCUGGGCGGCAAGCGGCACAUCCGGUACCGGGACCUCGCCGGCCACAUCUACGGCGCCAGGAUGUACCGCGUCACCUGGGCGAUGCAGUACGUCAACCUCUUCAUGAUCAACAUCGGCUUCGUCAUCCUCGCCGGCCAGGCACUCAAGGCCCUCUACCUCCUCAUCCGCGACGACGGCGCCCUGAAGCUCCCUUACUGCAUCGUCAUUUCCGGCUUCGUGUGCACGCUCUUCGCCGUCGGCAUCCCUUACCUCUCGGCGCUCCGUGUCUGGCUGCUCUUCUCGACGGCCUUCAGCUUGAUCUACAUCGUGGCGGCGUGCGUGCUGGCGUUGAGGGACGGGGCCCGGGCGCCGGCGAGGGAUUAUAGUAUCCCCGGGGACCCGUCGAGCCGGGUGUUCACGACGAUCGGGGCCUCGGCGAGCUUGGUGUUUGCGUAUAACACCGGGAUGUUGCCGGAGAUCCAGGCGACGAUCAAGCCGCCUGUGGUGAAGAACAUGGAGAAGGCGCUGUGGUUGCAGUUCACGGCCGGUUCCGUGCCGUUGUAUGCCGUGAUUUUCAUUGGGUACUGGGCUUAUGGGAACGAGACGUCCAGCUAUCUGCUCAACAGUGUUCAUGGCCCUGUCUGGGUCAAGGCCGUCGCCAACCUCGCCGCCUUCCUCCAGACCGUCAUCGCCCUACACAUCUUUGCGUCGCCGAUGUACGAGUACCUGGACACGAGGUUUGGGAGCGGGCGGGGCGGUCCCUUCGCGGCGCACAACGUGGUGUUCAGGGUGGGCGUCAGGGGAGGCUAUCUGGCCGUGAACACGCUGGUGGCCGCGGCGCUGCCGUUCCUGGGGGACUUCAUGAGCCUGACCGGGGCGCUCAGCACGUUCCCGCUGACCUUCGUGCUGGCCAACCACAUGUACCUGGUGGCCAACGGGCACAGGCUCUCGUCGCUGAGGAAGGCAUGGCACUGGUUCAACGUCGUCGGGUUCACUGUCUUGGCCGUCGCCGCCGCCAUCGCCGCGCUCAGGCUCAUCGCCGUCGACUCCAAGACGUACCAUCUCUUUGCCGAUGUCUGAUCUAGAUCUACUGAGGUUUAUCUGAGUUUUCUGACUGAUGGCAGAUCCAGGAUCAGUGACCAACAAAUUGAACUGCUCUGUUCUCUUCUGUGUGGUGGUGCAUCCGUAUGUGUGCGUGUGUGUGUGCAGCUAUAUGAUUAGCUAGCUAGCUGGUCCUUUGGUUUCUGCAGUUUUUAUUAAUUAAUCAUCUGUACUGUGUUAUUAGCGGCGACAACAAUAGCUAGCCGGCCAGACAGCGUUACGCCCUGCUAGUGUAAUACUGAUAGCUGCUACUGAACUGUUUAGCUGAAUCUAGGCUUUGACGGUGAAACGGAAUGAAUUGAGGAUUGCUGAUA